AUGGCGGAAUCCAAACCGCGAAACUCUGAACAGGCAGCAGCUACACUAAGGGCAUGGCGUGCUUGGCGCUCAAAACACAGAAUGCCUUUGGAGGAGGCUCUGAAGAACCCAGAGGCAUGGCGUCUCUACAGAGAAAUGCUGCAGCACAACGGGACAGCAAAGUCCGACAUCAGCACCUACGAGGAAUGGCUUGAAAGCACUAAAUGCACUCAGCGCUGGGUAGAGUGGAAACGCUGCCAUCCAAAGCCACUGCGUGAAGUGUUAUCAGACCCCGAAGGCUGGGAGCUGUUUUGUGCGAUGAAACGAGAAAAAGGUAUCACGAUCGCUUCAACUUACGAAGAGUGGCUACAGCACCAAGACCAACGGCGAAGCGCGGCAUAUGAGUCGUGGGUACAGUGGCGCCGGCAGCACCCAGGUCCGCUGACCGAAGUGCUGGCAGACCCGGAAGGGUGGGCCCUGUACAAAGCGAAACGCGCGUCACAAGAUGCCAAGCUUCCUGAAACACAUGAAGAAUGGUGCCGGGACCCCAACACCAUCAAAGCAAUGGCGAUGGAGUCCUGGACUACGUGGAGAAGGGCACAUCCUGGUGCACUCCGGAAGGUGUUGGCGGACCCCGAAGGCUACCAGCUAUACAAGCGCAUGCUGGAGUCAUCAGGGAAGUACGCAGACCCGACAUACGAGGAGUGGAGGGACCGGAAGGCGAACUCAUCUUGGCAUGCAUGGCGCUCCGAACACCCGGGCCCUUUAGUUCGUGUGCUCGCUGACCCUAAGGGCUGGCAGCUGUACAGAAAUGAUUUGGAACAGCAACAGCAGAAAAAUGGCGUCACGGAUGAGAUCCCGAAGACCUACAAAGACUGGGCAAGGCUUCAACAACAGCAACGCAGCGCAGGUAAAAAAGACAAACUCGCCGGCGGUAGCGAGUCUGAAACUCGAAAAAGCAGCGGCACAUCAAAGGGAAAAGCAACCAACGCGGGCCAACAAAAGGGUAAGCAACAAAGCGCUGCCAUGGAGGCUUGGCUGUCUUGGCUUGGUGCACAGCCUUCUGCGAACCUGACAGAACUGUUGCAGAGCCCUGUGGGCUGGGAAUUAUAUAGAGCUGCCAUGAGCAAGCCCAAAAGACCUCUUCCUGAAACAUAUGAGGGAUUCAAGGCUCUAGAGCAGGCAACCAAAGCAUGGUCGGCGUGGCGUGAGGAACACCAUGGCAACCCUGUCACUGUGUUGAAGGACGCGGAGGGAUGGAAGCUUUAUUGCUCCCUCAUGCGUGCCAGGGGAGUGGAGAUACCAGCCACAUACGCAGAGUGGUUACUGAUGCCGCAGCAGCGCGCAAUCGUUGCAGCAACAGAAUGGGUCCAGUUUAGGGAGCAACGGGCUCAGCAGCCGCUGAUGCAGUUGCUCGGCUCGGAUGAAACAGCCUGGAAACUGUUCUGCAGCUUCAUAGAAGCUAUCGGCACGUCUCUGCCGGCAACGUUCAAGGAAUGGCAAUCUGGAGCAUCUGAGUCACUGGCAAAUGCGCAGGCUACGUGGCGGUCCUCUUCCCGGUCCGCUGCCCCUCGCCGGAUUGAGGUAUUUGCUCUGAGGCAGGCCAUUGCGCAAGUACGGGAUGAGGCGUUUCCUGCCACUUAUGAGGAGUGGCUGCGCACACCAGGCUCCAGACCACGCAGCAAUCACGCUACCUCGUGGAAGUCAUGGAGAAGGCGUCACCCAGGGCCCCUGGCAGAAGUCCUUAAGGACCACGAAGGCUGGGACUUGUAUGUAAAGAAGCUUCAACUGGGAGGCUCUUCUGUGCCGUUGUCUUAUGAAGAGUGGAUGGACUCACCACAACGUCGACGCCAGGAGGCAAGCAUGAAAUGGGCACUGUGGCGCAGAAAUAACAGGGGACCUAUGUUGGAAGUGCUGCAGGAUCCAGAAGGAUGGAAGCUGUACAGUGCUAUGAAGGAGGCAACCAGCGGUUCGCCUUGUGAGCAAUUCGAGGAAUGGCAGAACUCAGUUGGUGCUCGCAAGAAAGCGCUGCGAGAAUGGUUGGCGUGGAAGAAGCUACAUCCAGGUCCUCGUUACACCAUUCUAAGCGAUCCACUAGGGUGGCGUCUCUACCGCGCUGCUUUUGCAGGCCAAAAAGCUAUUCCAGAAACAUACGCAGAGUAUAUCCAAGCGCGACAGCCUACAAUUGCGUGGCUCGCUUGGCGCCGUCAGCAUCCAGGUCCACUGCUUACAGUACUGGCCGAAGAAGGCGGGUGGCCGCUGUACAAGGACCACAUGCUGGCUACCGGCAAAACCGUCCCUCAGGACUUUGAAGAAUGGGCCGAGGCGCACCGAAUGGCGACGACUAAUGGCAGUUCGAAACGAGGGAAACGGUCGGUUUCGCCGCGCGAAGAAACCGUCGGACCGCAGCCAGUUACAGUUCAAUAA